ACUGGCAGCUUCUGUUGUUUGGCGCCUGUUUGUUUGAAUAAUGUUUGGGCAUAAUUCUGUUAACAUCUUCAAAUGGAAGAGGAAUGCCGGUUCUUCUCUUGCAACUGGAUUACUUAAUGAUGCUCGACACGAAAUUGAACUUUCUGGCUAUCGAGGAGGACCAAGUCCCGGGAGUGAAAGCCCCUCAGGAUUUCUCGACGGAGAAUACUUGAACAUUGAGGCGAUUCCUGACUUGGAUCUGUUCUUCGAAAGGCUUUACAAUUAUUACUGUGAGAAAGGAUUGUGGUGUAUUAUCAUUAAAUGGAUAGUUGAGCUCUUCAGCCUCGUUUUCCUUAUAGGCUUCUCGGGUUUCUUCUUGUUGUUCGUCGAUUGGGUUGGUCUCCGCAAUGCAAAAUGUGGCAUGGUUGCUGUUGAAUCUGGAAUGAAGCCUUGUGAUCUGGCUAAAGAAGCAAUUCAUCACCAUCCACUAACCCCUCUCACAUUUUCGAAAGCUGUCAUCGUAGUUUAUUUGGGAAUAUUAUCCAUUUAUUUGAUAUUCUGCUUUCUGAGAUUCUUCAUACAGCUGAAUGACAUUCUGAGAAUCCGAAAAUUCUAUUAUGACAGCCUUUCUGUAACCGACAGUGAGAUACAAACCAUCUCAUGGGCCUUAAUUCUCGACAAAGUUGUCAGGUUACAAAGCUCACAACAGUUAUGUGUGGUUAAGAAUCUCUCCGCCCACGAUAUCCUAAUGCGGCUGAUGCGAAAAGAGAAUUACUUGAUCGGCAUGCUUAACAAAGGUGUCCUUGCUUUCCCGAUAUCUCAGUGGAUCCCAGGUGCGGGUCCCACAGUCAAAUGCGGUUAUCGUCUUAUAUUAACGAAGACUCUUGAAUGGAGUUUAAAUUGGUGCAUACUACAGAACAUGUUUGACAGGAAUUUCUUCGUUCGCAGUGAAUUUGUGUCGAGUCCGGAAACGUUGAAGAACAGGCUGAUGAUAGUCGGGUUUGUCAUGCUUCUAUUGUCCCCGUUUCUCGUAAUCUUCAUGCUGGUUUAUCUCUUCCUGAGGCACGCCGAACAGUUUUAUAAUCACCCGAGCGCUGCAUCUUCUAGAAGAUGGUCGAACCUUGCGAAAUGGGUAUUUAGAGAGUUCAACGAGGUCCAUCACUUAUUCAAUCAUCGGGCCAACAUCAGUGUUCAUCAUGCCUCUGAUUACUUAAGGCAGUUUCCUUCUCCUAUAAUAUCGAUAGUAGCAAAAUUCAUAUCGUUUGUCUCAGGUGGCUUCGCUGCUGUUCUUAUUAUCAUCGCGUUUCUUGAAGAGUCCCUCUUGGAAGGCCACAUAUUCGGAAGGAACUUGCUCUGGUACGCUGCUGUUUUCGGAACUAUAACAGCGAUAAGCAGAGCAGCCAUACCUGAUGAACUUCUUGUUGUCGAUGCUCAAGCAACCAUGUCUCUUGUCCUCCAACAUAGUCAUUACAUGCCUAAGAGGUGGCGGAGAAAAGAAAAUACACAAUUUGUUCGGACCGAGUUUGGAACAUUAUUUCAGUACACUGGAAUGAUGUUACUGGAGGAGAUGACUUCAAUUUUCCUCACUCCAUACCUACUUAUGUUCGUUGUCCCUAAGAGGGUGGAUGACAUCCUGCGGUUCAUUUCGGAUUUCACUGUACAUGUUGAAGGCGUUGGUCAUGUUUGCAGCUUUAGCACGUUUGAUUUCCAAAAUCAUGGUAAUAGCAAUUACGGUUCACCCUACAAUUCCCAACCGAAUCAAAGGAGCUCGCAAGGGAAGAUGGAGAAAUCGUUCUUGAGCUUCCACAAUAGUUAUACAACGUGGGAACCAGAUGCCAAUGGAAACCGAUUUCUUCACAACUUAACCGAAUUCCGAGAGCGAAAUUUGCGAGGCCGAACAUCGGCUGGCAUCACCCGGAACUUGUUGAGCUCUAUGUGGAUGUUUGAAGAUGAUCAAAGGAAUUGCCCGUAUAUUCUCGACUCUUACUACACCUCUCUCCCUCAAAACCUCCUGUCUAAUGUUUCCGAAUCAUCAGACGAUCCUUUGGAACAAUCUUACGGUGGUGCAGUGGAAGAUUCUAGAAAGUUAUGGAUGCCAUCUUUAGCCAGGGUAGAAAAAACAUGGGGAGAUGCCUUUGAAGAAAGGUCUAUUAGUCAUCUCCAGACAUCCACAUCUGCUUCCUUAUUCAAUCAAAGCAUUCUCAGGAGGAAUCACGACGAGGACAAGAUGGAUAAUAUGGGCAACAGCCAUUGGUGGGCAAGAAAGGCCCCCAGUAACAUGAUUGAAAACGAGUCGGUUAGCUUUCUCGAGCCUCCUCCCAUUCUGAACAACAUGGACAUGUUUCAAGAACCUCCACUCGAUCUAAGGUGGGACAACUACCUUCGGGAAGAGGAAGAGCAGUUGAAAUGGAGGAGUUCCCAAUUAGAAUUGUCGAGGACAUAUUUAAUGAACAAUCUUGAGGAUGGAGGAGGAGAAUUCGAUCUCCCAUUUGACGACAUCUACAGUAGUAAACCUACGGAUCGCGACCCGGGACACGAACCGUGACUAACUUACAAGCUCUAGUUUUAGUUUCCACUGAUUAUCUCUUAAACAAGCUUACAAUUCUUUUUUGUAAAUAUGAUAGAUUUAACAUAGUAAGGGCUAUGAAUCUGUCAUGGUUCCUUAUACUUCAUUUAUUUGUUUAUUUCUUGAAUGGUCUUUUACACUUUUA